AUGAUCUCUUCACAGCAUGCCGGGAGCAAGAAUCUCGUCAUCCGGCAGCCGGUGGGCGUAUGCGCCAUCAUUGCCCCGUGGAACUUCCCCGUGGCCAUGAUCACUCGCAAGCUGGGCCCUGUCAUUGCCGCCGGAUGCACUGCGGUGGCCAAGCCUCCCCGAGAAGCAUCACUUUGUGCGACAGCGCUGGCCCAUAUCGCUCUAGAAGCUGGGUUGCCUACCGAAGUCGUCCAGGUCACGCCCUGUACGGACCGCGUGGCUGUUACAGAGCUGUAUACCAACCCCUUAGUGCGCAAGGUCAGCUUUACAGGAUCCACAGACGUCGGAAAGGUAAUAUCCGAGCAUGCCGUACGGACCAUGAAACGGAUCUCCAUGGAGCUGGGGGGAAACGCGCCGUUGAUUGUGUUCGACGAUGCCGACAUGGACGCGGCUGUGGAGGGCGCCGUCAUCUGCAAGUUCCGAUGCUCCGGCCAGACCUGCGUCUGUGCAAAUCGCAUCUAUGUUCAUCGUGCAUGCCACGACAUCUUUGUCCAGCGACUGUCGGCUCGUAUACAAUCCUUCAAGGUCGGUCCAGGCCUCUCGCCUGACGUCACGCACGGCCCAUUGAUUAACCGCGCGGCCGUUGAGAAGGCCCAAGCCCAUAUUGACGAUACUUUGAACAAAGGUGCCACCCUGGUUACUUGGGGGAAGACUAUGGAUGGUUCAGGCGGAUUCUUCAUCGAGCCUACGCUGCUAGUGGGCAUCACUAGCGAGAUGGCAGUGGUGUGUGAAGAGACAUUCGGGCCUUUGGCGGCGAUCACUGUAGACGAGGUUAUCCAGAUGACCAAUGCUACAGAGUACGGCCUGGCAGGCUAUCUAUUCAGCCAGAGUAUGAACACCAUUUUGCGUGUCUCGGCGGCGUUGGAAGUUGGUAUGCUCGGAGUCAACACGGGGAAGAUCAGCGCCGCGGAGGCUCCCUUUGACAGCGUCAAGGAAUCUGGAUUCGGGCGCGAGGGUAGCAAUUUCUCAGGACAACUUGGAACCACCAUGCCUACAAAAAUCUUCAUCACCGGGGUCACCGGUUACAUCGGCGGCGAUGCACUCUACCACAUCCACCAGAACCACCCUGAUUUCGAAUAUUCGGCCUUAAUCCGAACCGACGAUAAAGCCCGCAAAGUUCAGGCGCAGUAUCCAAAGCUGAGGGUAAUCAUUGGCGAUCUUGACGAUACCGAAAAGAUUGCUCGGGAAGCUGCAUGGGCAGAUAUUGUGAUUCAUACGGCCGACUCAUCUGAUCAUGUUGUCGCAGCCAAUGCGAUUGCUGAAGGAAUGGUUCAGGGCCAUAGUCCUGAGCGACCAGGGUAUUGGCUACACACAGGCGGGACCGGUAUUCUGACUUAUUUCGACUCAGACGUACGGAAGGUUUCCGGAGAGCCGGAUGAAAAAGUGUUCAAUGACUGGGACGGAAUCGACGAAUUGGUCAAUCUACCCCCGGCAGCCUUCCACCGGAAUGUGGAUGAGAUAGUCUUGAAGACUGGGGUUGAAUAUGCCGACCGUGUUAAGACUGUUAUUGUAUGCCCUCCCACCAUCUAUGGGCCAGGCCGUGGUCCUAUUUCUGGCCGUGGUCGACAGGCCUAUGAACUUGCGUCGUUUAUUUUAAAGCAAAAGUAUACGCCACAGAUCGGGAAGGGGUUGGCCCGGUGGAAUAACGUCCAUGUCUGGGAUCUGAGCAGGCUCUUUGAAGGACUUGUACAGGCUGCGCUUGACCCCACCAGGGCCAACGACGAUGAGAUCUGGGGUGGAAAGGGAUACUUCCUGUGUGAAAACGGGGAGCAUAUUUGGGGGGACCUGUCCAGGUUGAUUGGCCAGCAGGCAUUUAAACUUGGUUACCUUGCGGAGGCACCUCAGCACCAGGAAUGGUCUCUCGAUGAGGCCGUCAAAUCCCCUGCUGGGUUUGAAGCUGCCAGUUGGGGCUGGAACUCUAGAGGCAAGGCUCUAAGGGGAACCGAGGUGCUGGAUUGGAAACCACAGGAGAGAAGUUUGGAAGAUGAGGUGCCUGACCUCAUUCGCUCAGAGGCUUCUAGACUUGAUUUGUAA